AUGGGCAAGAAACGUUCAAGAGAAGUUGACGCCCAGGGGGAUACCCCCAUGGAGGAACCAAUCGUCGAGAAGAGGGAUGCAAGCUCCGACUCGGAUGAUGAUGAGAGUUCUGACGAGGAUAUGAACAUUGUCAAUGUUGACUUCGAGCUCUUCAACUAUGACCCCGAGAUCGACUUCCAUGGCGUCAAGACUCUUCUCAGGCAACUAUUUGAUGCCGACGCCCAACUGUUCGAUCUCUCUGGGCUGAGCGACAUGAUCAUCACACAAAAUACGAUUGGGUCAACUUGCAAAGUAGAUGGCAAGGAAAACGAUGCCUACGCCUUUAUUACCGUGCUCAAUAUGCAGGAACACCGUUCCAAGAAGCCGAUCGCUCAAUUGAUCGAAUAUCUGAGCGAGAGGGCCAAAACAAACCAAGAUCUAGCAGGUACAGUCCCGGAGCUGCUGGCAUCGGGCAAGCACGUCGGGUUGGUGUUGUCGGAGAGGUUGAUCAACAUGCCGGCCGAGGUGAUUCCGCCCAUGUGGAGGUUCAUGAUUGAGGAGAUUGAAGCAGCGGUGGAGGACAAGGAGCCGUACGAGUUCACACAUUAUCUGGUGGUGUCACGGACAUACCAUGAGGUCGAGUCAACGCUGGAUCAGACGGUGCGUAAGAAGAAAAAGGGGCGUGCUGAGGCGGAGCUACAGUACUUCCAUCCUGAGGACGAAGAGAUGCGAAAACAUGCCCUCGCGUCGGGCACGUACUCCUACAUCAAGGAGAACGAGUUCGUAUCAGACAGCAAGCGGGCCUUCCAGGAGGCGGGCAUCAAGCCGUGUGGGUUCAUGAUGCUGAUUGAGGCGAACAAAAUUCAGCGUGCCGUACAGGCUAUCACCGAGUUUGUCGGGACAGCCACAUAG